UUGGAAAACAGGUGCUGGACUGAAGCACAAGGGCCUUCUAUGGCACAAUCCCCACGCUACCCAUCAACCCACGCACAUCCACGCGCCUCUUUCACUGUAAAGCCGCUAAAACGAAAACCGCCUUCCCAUUCCUCUUCUCUCCACUGUCGUUUUUCUUAUAUCUAAAAAGAAGACCAAAGGGAAGGUGGGGAGGGAAGAAGAAAAUGAAAUUAUUAACCAAAACAAAACCUAUACAUCCAACACAUCAUCACUCUCUUUUUUCUUCUUCUCUCUACCAUGCUUCUUUUCUGAUUCUUGCCUUUCAAAUCUAGCAACCCUUUCUAUCGUUUCUCCCCAUUUUGCACAAAUCUUUUCUUCUCAUCCCCAUUCUGAUUCCACUGCUUGAAUGAUAAAAGGGGUUGCUCUGUUUCUCAUUUCCUUCACUCCCUUUUGCUUUUCCACUUGCAUCUGAGGGUUCUUCAUCGAAUCUGCCCUUACCCCAUUUUCAGCUGCCUGCUCAGGAGGCCUUUUACAAGUUCAGAAGACUUGGAUUGGUUCAUUCCCGCUGCUGCUGCUGCUUCUUAUUGUUUGACUACUGUGAUCAGUUCGUCAUUGUUUUCAUCAUUCCUUGUUAUGGAGGGACAAACGUCGUGGAUAAGGCAUUGCCACACUGACAUGUCAAGAGAUCUUGAAGAUUUUGAUUCUUACUUGGAUUUUACAAAUGAAGGAGGCAAAGAGGCUGUAGCAGUUUCUGUGGAGUCAAUCUUGCCUGAUGACUUGUUGGAACGAAUUCUCUCCUAUCUACCGAUAGCGAGCAUUUUCAGAGCUGGUUCUGUGUGCAAAAGAUGGCAUGAUAUAGUUAGUUCAAGGAGGUUUUUGUGGAAUGUCUCGCAUAUCCUAUCACAAAAACCUUGGUAUUUCAUGUUUACAAGCUCCGAUGACCCUAUUGGUUAUGCCUAUGAUCCUGUUCUUAGAAAAUGGUAUGCUAUCGAUCUCCCCUGCAUCGACAAGUCAAAUUGCUUUAUUGCCUCGUCAUGUGGCUUGGUUUGUUUCAUGGACAAUGACAGUCGAAGUGAGUUACAUGUCUGCAAUCCCAUAACUAAAUGCUCAAUGAAGUUACCAGAGCCCUUGGGAUCAAAGUUCUCUGAUUAUAGUGCCCUUGCAAUCUCUGUAAACAGGGUUUCACACAACUAUACAAUCUCUGUCGUGAAAUCGAAGCAAGUUCCUGGAAACUUCUUUCAGUGGGAUAUAUCAAUUCAUAUUUAUGAUUCAGAAACAAUGAUGUGGGUUACCUCCCUGACUGAAGUCUUGACGGGUUGGAGAGGUGGGGACGAGAGUGUGAUUUGUGAUGGAGUUCUUUACUUCUUAAUCUAUUCAACCGGAGGUGGAGCACCUGAUAACCGCCACGGUCUUGUUACCUAUAAUAUCUCUAACCAUUCUUCUCAUGGUCUGUUGAUAAGAAGCUUUAUUCCUGCUCCCUGUUCUCUCACUUGCGGUCGAUUGAUGAACCUUAAGCAGAAGCUGGUCAUGGUUGGGGGAAUUGGUAAGCAGGAUAGGCCAGACAUCAUCAAGGGGAUUGGAAUUUGGAUUCUUUGUGGGAAGGAGUGGCGAGAAAUUGCACGCAUGCCCCAUAAGUUCUUUCAGGGAUUUGGGGAAUUCGAUGAUGUUUUUGCCAGCUGCGGCACUGAUGACCUUGUUUACAUCCAGAGCUAUGGAGCUCCAGCUUUACUUACUUUCGACAUGAAUCUAAGACAAUGGAGAUGGUCGCAGAAGUGCCCGGUGACAAAGAGAUUCCCUCUCCAGCUUUUCACCGGCUUUUGUUUCGAACCAAGGCUUGAGAUCAAUCCCUGACUUGUUUCUUCUCACAGUUCGUUUUUGUGUGUUUUUAUUAACAAGAUUGUCUGAAAUUUGGUUGAUUUUGUUCCUAUUUGCUUUAUCUAUUGAACUGAAGAAUCUACAUUCCAAGGAAGGAGUAUAUACAUGUAACUGCAGAUAAAAGCUGCAUGCAUAUUCAUGAAUAUGAGAAUAGAAUUCUUUACAUAGGAAAAUACCACUGAAGUAAAACUGGUUACACCCUCCGAGACUAGUUCAUAUUUGGUGAUUCCUCUCUGCAGUUGCCAUUGAUGGAACUAUACCUUUAUUCUUCACUUCAAUGGAUCAGUCUCUGUUAAUCUUGA